AAAGAGGGAGGCAACAAGGACAUGCCAUUCCACUGCACCUGACAAUCCAUAUCGAGAUAGUCGUUUCAUGCCUGCGGUGAAUGAAACACACAGCGGUGUGUAUGUGUGUGUGUGUGUGUGUGUGUGUGUGUUUUGUUGUGUGUGCCUCUGUGUGACUGCAACACUGAACUGACUGAACUGAGACAAAAAAAAGGUGGAGGCGACAGGGAUAGAUGUUGUGACACCAGCAACAGGUAGAGUUGCUUUUUUACAUUCCUCAGCUAUACAAGCGUACGUCUGUUCCUAGAGGAAGUACGGAAGUUGUCCACUGCUCGUGUCGGAGCUCCUCAUGUCCUUUUACAGCCGGGCGUAUCGGUGAGUUUACCGCGAGGUUUUGGGGAUCAUUGAAUGCAGACUGAGGCUUUUAUUUUCUUAAAUCCACAAGGGAGGCAUUCUGCAUCUGCAUUCACCUCCUACUCAUCAUGCCCGUCCACAGGAGGCAGCCCAGUAUCGAACUGCUGGAAUUUAUGGGAGUGGUAAAAGAGAAUGGAAACGAACAGACAUCACUUCCCCCUGUGCACACUCCUCUCUCAUACGACUACGUCCUUGUUGCCAAAACUAUUGACAGCCAGCACAGAGAGGCGUUCAAGAAGCAGACUGAAUACAUUGAAGAGCUGAAAAAGAAGAACUUAAAAGUCACUAAAAUUAUUGAUGAUGAUCUCAUCUUCUAUGGAAUUCAAGCCCCUAAAGAAAUAUUUGAGAAGUACAGGUAUUUGCUCAAAGUGUCUGAUGCUUGUAACUGGAGCUCGGAUCAGAACGUGGUACCUCUCAGCACCAGGAUAAGAAUUGUGCACUUCAUUUUGAAUCACACCCCGAUACGCUCAGGAGAGGCUCUGCGGGAUCUCAUGAAGAUAAAGGUUUUUGAAGCAAGGUUCUGCUUGCAUGAGAAAAAGAAGCAGAGAGAGCUGAAGGAGAACUGGGCACGAUGGACAGCCUGUCUCCAAGGGCAACCCAUAACUGCUGUCAGGAACUACUUUGGGGAGAAGGUAGCCUUGUACUACCUGUGGUUGGGCUGGUACACAUAUCUGCUCAUCCCGCCCGCUCUCAUUGGGGCCAUAGUCUUCCUUUAUGGUCUCGCCUUCUUCAACAGCUCACCACUCAUAAAGGAGGUUUGUGAGGCUGACACUGUCAUGUGUCCACUUUGUGACAAGAGAUGCAAAGUGUGGCAGCUCUCCGACACCUGUACAUACGCUAAGGUGAGCCUGCUGUUUGAUAAUAACGGCACAGUGCUCUUUGCAAUGUUCAUGGCAGUGUGGGCCACCCUGUUUCUGGAGUUCUGGAAGAGGCACCGAGCCUCCUAUGUGUGCGAAUGGAAAGUGUCUGACUGGUGUGAGGAGGAGGAGGAGCUUAUCCUGGAAAUUGUGAACAAUGCUAACUGUCAACCCAAAAAGUAUAAACACUCCUAUCUGCGCAGCACCCUGGUUCUGAUCUGUGUCACAGUCAUGCUACUGUUGAUCAUCGGCCUGACACAUGCCUUGGUGGUGUUCAGGGUGAUUGCUGCAGUGCUUUUGGCUGAGGGAUCAUGGGAGUUCCUGAGCAACCACUCAAACAGCGGGGCCAUGAUGCUGGGAGCCGUCCUCCAUUACCUCAUCAUCACGGUCAUGACGCGGAUCAACAGGAUAGUAGCCAUGAAGCUGUGUGAAAUAGAGGAAACAAGAUCAUUUACUGCCACAGAGAAGAGUUUCACAGUAAAGAUGUUCACCUUCCAGUUCUUCACCUAUUUCUCCUCUCUCUUCUACGUCGCCUUUUUUCUUGGAAGGAUAAACGGCCAUCCAGGUGGAUAUGUCCGAAUUGCAGGGAAGUGGAGGUUGGAGGAGUGUCAUCCCAGUGGGUGUCUCACAGACCUCUUCAUCCAAAUGGCGAUUAUCAUGGUGCUCAAGCAAACCAUCAGUAAUGUCUUUGAGUUCACUGGCCCCUGGUUUGGCAGAUGGCUAAAAAGAAGACAGACAAAGAAGCUGCAGAGGAAAUGUGCUCACUGCUACCUGAAAGAUGAGUCGGAGCCCAAGUAUGGAGCUGAACUGUGUGAAAACUGCAAGCUUCGAGACUGGCUCAGCAACUACCGGCUCAAUGAUGUCGACUCCUUCAGUCUGUUCAAUGAGUUCUUAGAGAUGGUGAUCCAGUUCAGUUUUACCACCAUAUUUGUGGCAGCUUUUCCUCUCGCUCCUCUGCUCGCUCUCAUUAAUAACGUCAUUGAGAUUCGCUUGGAUGCCAUUAAAAUGGUCACUCUGGAGCGCAGACUGGUUCCCAAGAAAACCAACGAUAUUGGUGUGUGGAUCGACGUGUUGGAAGCCAUUGGGGUCUUAGCUGUUAUUGCUAAUGGGCUGGUCAUUGGUGUUUCUUCAGACUUCAUCCCUCGACUGGUGUACCGCUACCGCUAUGGCCCAUGUGCCAAUGGCACAGUGGCGGAUAUUGACUGCAUGGCUGGUUACAUCAACAACUCCCUCUCCAUCGCACGAAUGGAUGACAAAGACAUACGUAAUGAGUUUUCAGCUUAUCAGAUGAUGACUCCCAGCGGACUGAAUGUCUCUUACUGCAGCUAUAAAGACUACAGGAGCAACGAAGACUACAGUCUCACUCCUCAGUAUUGGCUAAUAUUAGCUGUGCGUUUUGCAUUUGUCAUCCUGUUUGAGCAUGUUGUUGUCAUAUGUAAGUUCAUUGCGGCCUGGUUUGUACCGAGCGCUCCCAUGCAGGUGAAGAAUGAUCGACUGUUUGAUAAACUCAACAGACUAAAAGAGGAGCUCAGUUCAUUCGAAGCUUGACAGCAUUCAGACCCUAUGAUUCAGACACUUUAAUGUUACUCAUUUUCUACUGAGAACAUGACCCCAGUGUUGCCUUGUGCAUUAAGAUGUCCAGACUACCGCAGUGUUGAGUACAUUUUGAAGCCGUUAAUCGUCUCCACAGACUUCAACUGAGGCUCUCCGUCUCUUUAAUGGUUUGCAGUCUAAUGUAAAGUGCUGGCUAGCUUGAAUGUCUUUCAUGAGAUAAUUUUAAUUCUAUUUUAAGAAUGCACUGAUAGCUUACUGUUGAAUCUCUAUAUUUGUGAGAUGUAUGUGAGUGUUUUUAUUGAAACCCUUAACAUAAUUUAUACUGCUUUUGCACAUACAGUGAAGAUUGUUUGCAACAAUACUGCCUUAUACUGUAAAAAAGCGCUGUGAUGAAAGUCAGUUCUGCUGAUGCAUUCUGAUUGUGUCUUUUGUAAAUCAGACAUUCAAAUGUUUUGCAUUAUUUUAUAUUAUGGAAUAAAAGAGGAAACUUUUGCCCUCAUGAAAUGUCACUGCAAUUUAUUUCAAAUUAAAAUCUGCA